AUGAUUCUGAUGUUAUUGGAUUUUGCAUCAUGUGUGGAAGAGGAAAAGGAUAAAGAAAUGGAUUGUGUUGAUACUAAUGGAAUUUUCUCUUUAAUUAAUGCAUUUUAUGUAAAAGUUAAAAAAACUGUUAGUUUACGUAUUGCUGAUCCAAAACCUAAAGUUCAUUACCAUUUAUAUACAAGAUUGAAUCCAGGCCAGCACCAAGAAUUACUUUAUAACAAUUCAAAAUAUUUGGAUAUUUCAAAUUUUAACAGAAGCUGGCCGACAAGAUUUAUUAUAUCAGGGUGGUUAAAUGUUUACAAUAGUUGUUCAUCAAUGAUAAUUAAAAAUGCUUAUUUACAAAAAGGAAACUUUAAUGUAAUAACAGUAAGUUGGGAUGAAAAAUCACAGGAUAUUGAUUAUUUUUAUCUUUCAUUAACAAUUAAUCGAGUUGCUAAGCGAUUAGCUGAUUUUACAAAAUAUUUAAAUGUAACAAAAUCAAUUCCAUUCUCUGACAUGUAUUUAAUUGGAUUUAGUUUGGGUGCACAAAUAGCUGGUUUAGCUGGGAAAGAAAUUUCUCCAUAUAAAUAUAAAACAAUUUAUGCAUUAGAACCGGCUGGACCAAUGUUUCAUGGUUUGGGAUUUAAUGGUCGUGUUGAUGGUAGUGAUGCUGAAUAUGUUGAAGCUAUUCAAACAAAUAUUGGAUUAGCAGGUUAUUUUGGUGAAGCUGGUAAAGCAUCAUUUUAUCCAAAUUAUGGAACAAAUCAACCACAUUGUUUAUUAAGACCAAUUUGUAAUCAUGCAUCGGCAUAUGAAUAUUUUGCUGAAUCAAUAAAUGCAAAUGAACAGAAUGAAUUUAUUGGAACAAGAUGUGAAAAUUUUCAAAAAUUGGUGACAUUUAAUAUUUGUAAUUGUCAUUUUUAUGGAAGAAAUUGUACAAUAUCAAGAAUGGGUGGUGAACCAGCAAUACCUAAAACUGGUGUUUAUUUCCUGAGAACAAAUUCAAAAUCACCAUUCGGGAGAAGGGGAGAGAAGAAAAGUAACGGAGAUGGUAAUUUAAAACGAAAACUAAAUAUAGAAGAAGAAGAAGAAGAAGUAGAAGAAGGUGUGUUAGAAAAUGAGGAAGAGGAUUUCAGCACAAUUCAAAGUAUCGUAGAUGUUUGGUAUUUCAUUAUCGUUUUACAGAGUUUUGAAUCGCUAUGGAAGCAAGCUCUUGACAACAAAAUGAUGCUAGUAUCGUUCGCUAAUUAUGCGGUAUUUCAUGCGAGAUGGUUUUUAAUAAAUAAUCAAUUAAUUUAUUAUAAAAGAGCAUUUCACUUUCAAUAUAUUGAAAUCAAUGGGAUUAUAUUACUUAUAUCGAUAUUUAAAACAAUAUCAAUACCAAUUAUGUCAGCAAAGAAAUCAUGUACAGAAUACAGAGCAAAUAAAAAUGUACAAAAAUAUCAAGUAAAACAAAACACUCAUUCAAAUAUAAAUGGAAUCAAUACGUGCGCCAUACCAGUCAAUUGA